AUGCCCGGAUUAAUUCAGUCGAGCUGUUUUUUAUUCGCUCUGCUUGCCGUAUGGGUUUCAUGGCACACCGCAAUUAUUGGUGCACAGGGCGCAUCGCCUAAGCUGAUAUGGUCCGCAAGUCCACUCACGCCAGCAAUACUCAAACUGUCUACCACAACAUGGAUCGAUGUUCCCGACACACACGUCGCCAUUGAGCUGCUGAACGAAGCUGUAGUGAUGAUCUCGUACGACGUAUCAGUGUCUCAUGUUGCAGACUUUAUAUCAGAAGGUGAACCGACUGAAACACUGAAUGAAGUAUCGUUUCGCGUAGCAGUGGAUGGAACUCCUUACCGUCAAUCAGCGACGACUGUAGAUGACCGGGAACCACUCGUUGUUGUUGCAAGUGGGCAUUUGAUUCUCGAAGUAUCACGUGGUAAUCACGAGGUUACGUUGCAAUGGCGCAACCGUGGCACGCACGGGGUUGACUGGAUGGUGACGAGCGAUUUAUUGAAUGGAUUUGCAGGCGGCCGAAUUCUCACCGUGUCAGCACAACACCGCUUUAUUUGGUUCCGACAACCGAUCACGGCAGUUUCUCUUCUAUCCGUUGCUAAGUGGGAGGCGGUACCAGGAAUGUCUUUGAGAUUUCGCAUCUUGGAAUCAUCCCCAAUACGCAUAUUCUAUCACAUGCCCGUUCUUCCUGAAUUAUUUUAUAGUUCUCGUGACAUGACUGCGUACAAUAAAAUUGAGUCGGCACUUGAGAUAAAUGGACUUCGUUAUCGAGAAACCGGGUCGUACGGAAAUGUUGACGGAUCUCAAAAGUCGACAUUACAUCUUCAAGGUAGCAUCACGAUGGAUCUCAUGCCAGGAGAAUAUAGCGUGGUGUUGUGUUGGAAGGCGUUGUCCGGCUUCAAACGUUCGUGGUUUUCUAGUCCGAAUGCCUUGGACGGAUUUGCUAUGGGGCGGGUGCUAGCAGCGGUAGGUGAAUACAGUAUCAAUUCAAUGUCCUUGUACCAUAUGAAGCAAUUUGAGUCUACAUCUGUAAGUGAGUGGUCAGACGUAGGAGACUCUGUACUUCACUUCAAACUACCAAGAGCAACACAAGUUUUGCUGAGGUACAGUUUACCUCCUUCACAGAGUGAGAAUUCGAUAUUUGCAAGCUGGACUGAGGACACGUGGAAUAGCAUUCAGACUCGAUUGGUUGUGGACGGGAUCGCAUACCGACAUACGUCAUCAUCGGAAGACGGCAGUAUACAUGGAAUGGAAAAUGAGAAGGCAAGUAUGGUGCUGCCUCUCGCUGGGGGUAGCCAUACUGCCCGAUUACAGUGGAAAAACGUGGAUAGAAUUUCUUGGCGUGCAGUAUCGUUUGUCAGGGACCAAACUUCUUCAUACGCCUCCGUUUUUCUUAGCUUAAAAAAAUUGGAACACGAUAUUAAGAUUUUCGCUCCUACAGUACUUUUUGCAGAGGAAGACAAGACUCUUGAGAUCGUAGGUAUAUCCAUUGGCGAUGCUGCCAGCGAAAUGGCACUUGACUAUGAGGUUACCGUCACCAUGUCAGCAAAGAAUGGCUUGUUGUCGUUACAGCCGAUUCCAGGGAUAACUUUUGCUUCUGGAAAUGGCGACCGCAACGAUUACUUGCUUUUUAGUGGUACACUGAGAAGCGUGAACACGAUAUUAGCUCGCAUAUGGUAUAGAAGCUACUUAAAUUGGUAUGGGGACGAUAAACUUUGUAUAGAGGCAGUGGAUCAAGGCGUGACAGAAUCUCUACACACUACCAAAAGUGAUGCUGUGGUUCUAAUCCGCGUAGCAUCUGUAAAUGAUUCGCCACAAUUAAUCGUUCCGAGUACUCAAAUUCUGCUCGAAGACCAGCAAAUCAGUAUUUUUGGUGUAAAAGUUCACGAUGUUGACCCUGGGUUUGCUGAUAGCAACUCAACAUUUGAAAUAGAGUUAUUUGUACUGAGCGGUGUGCUAACUCUGGGCCCCUGUAUUGGAGUAUUGUUCAUAGAAGGUGAAGGAGUAGCUGAUCAGCUCGUUCGCUUUCGUGGGGAUAUAUCCGCAAUCAAUAUGGCACUUUUCGAAAUCAAAUAUCAACCUGACAUGGAAUUCAAUUCGAAGCAGCACGCCGAACGAUUGGGAUUACGAGUGCGAGAUUUAAAUUACUAUGAUGGUACUGUUACAGAUGUAUUUGAUAGUAUCGCGCUGGAGGUUCAAAGCUCCGACGAUCCAACACAGCUGGUGCUGUCGGAGCUCCUUACAAUUACCCUUCGCGGAUAUGCCGUCGAAAUGUUUGGAGAAACGAGUGGAAAAGAGGCGAUAAGUGCUCAAUUGCUUACAAUGACGCCUUUUGGAGAAAUACAGCUAUCAAUGCUGAGUAGCACAUUACCGGCAGGUGUGACGAGACGUCCUGUUGGAGACGAACCAUCGAGCACAAUCCAUCUCACAGGGUCCGUUUCUGAUGUCAGUGACAUUUUGCACUCAGUCUUAAUCACUCGCUCCCCAUCAUUUUACGGAUACGAGAUUAUUUUUGUCCGACUAAGCGCUCUUUCAAAUAUAUCGAUAGUGGAAGACUUUACUAUCCAGUUGAAUUUGCAAGGCAACAGUACUACCCAGCUUUGUACAAUUGCUGGUUUGUGGCCAUCUCGCGGACCAAUGCAAGGAGGGACUAAUUUAACUGUGACUGGAUUCGGCUUUAAACAUUGGCUCGCCCGCGCACUGUGGUGUCGAUUUGGUAGAAGCGCUCUCGUAAGGAGUACGGUGAUAUCUGAUACAACCUUGACUUGUGCGACGCCACCUGCAAGCGCUGACCUGCCUACUCAAACCUUUUUGAUGGUGACAAACGCAGAUGAUUUUUAUUCGAAUCCUAUAUCGUUUCUGUACGAAAAAUCGUGGACAAUCGAAUCAGCAUCACCAGCACAAGGACCACGAAGCGGGGGGACUACAGUAAUUAUCAAUGGACAAAAUAUCCCUCACUCUUCUGGUCUGCAGUGUGCUUUUGGGAAACAUAUGUCGAUUGCGCGAUAUAUGUCAUCCUCCAGAGUCUCGUGUCAUACGCCUGCGGUCAAAAACGGUACUACAGAAGUAGAUUUGCGACUAACAUCUAACGGCCAAGACUUCACAUUGCCGCUUUUGUACAGUUUUCGAGAUUCUCCGCAAAUUUAUGCCCUUGAUCCACCAUACGGAAGUUCAACAGGAGGGGAUAUCAUAUAUGUCGCUGGAGCCAACUUUUUUCCAGACUCGUCUGCCAAUUGCAUUUUCAAUGAGACAACCAUCACAUUGGCAACUUUUAAGUCUUCCAGCUUGAUGUUGUGUCUGUCUCCCUCUGUAGAUCUUGGUUUAGUGGAGACUGUUACUGUGAAGGUUGAGGUCGUCCUUGAAGCAAUUUCAUAUCAAGUACCCGGAAAUUUUACCAUCUACGUCCCGCCCACUGUGUAUGCUGUAAAUCCUGGAUACAUUAUGGGAAGCGGUGAUUUACUCACCGUUAGUGGAUCUCAUUUCCGUAAUUUAAGCUCAUUAUCGUGUCAGUUCCUAUGUGGUACAACACUCAGCAACGCCCCAAUUACUUUUGUGAGCUCCACUCUUGUUCUUUGCCGCGUUCCUACCCUCUCACAACAUAGCGCUUGGAUUGGACUUUCUGUCUCGCUCACUAAAACAAUCAAUUUGUUCAAUAAAUGGCUUGACUUUCAGUAUUUACUCCACCAUACUCCCACCCCGUUAGUCGUUUCAGCUUAUCCAAGUACGCUUUUGCGGAUAGGAAGUCCGCCUCUCAAAGUUAAUGGCCGCGGGAUGAUGAAUGUUCAUAGACUGUGGUGCAAUUUUGUUGGUAUUGGGGCCACUCGGAUAAUGCUGAAAACGUCAAAUUUGGGUGCAUGUGAUGUUCCAUUUAUCCUAACAAACCAAUCGUAUCCGUAUCAAGUACUGCAAAUUGAGAGUAUCUAUCCACCAAAGACAAUUCUGGCUGUGUAUGAGCUCGCGGUAAUAGAGCCGAUCGAAUUGCUGAGUGUGACACCCGCUUUGGGUUUGGUAAAUGGGGGGACAGAGCUCAAAAUUUUAACUGAUAGUACACGCUUGCCAGAUGUGUAUAAGCUCACAACACUCAACUGCAAGAUCGGAGGAAUUGAUGUACCAGCUUUUGCGUUAAACAGCUCCACUCUUCUAUGCCGCAGCCCGGCAAUACAUAAACCAAUGACAGCAUUUGUGGAGAUCUGGAUCGCCCAAGAUCGCACGCAUUCACUCGAAAGGGCACAGACGUUUACAUAUAUCCUUCCUAUCAGAAUUACAGAAGUGAGACCAUCCCGUAUCAGCUCAGCAGGCUACACCCAGAUGCGGGUGACCAUUAAUAGUCGGGCUAUGGAAGGUCUGAAUUGUUUGCUUGGCUCAGUAAUCGUUCCCGCUAAAAUUGUUUCGGAUUAUACAAUUGCUUGUGUAUCUCCACCCCAAACGGCAGCUAUCUUGACACUUCGUUUAGUCAAUGACGGAAAUUACGUGUUGUCUGAGAAUGCGCUGCUAAUCGAAGCGUAUUUGGACUUGGAUACAGUAUAUAUUUCUCCAUCUAAUGGAAUCGUGUUUCCUAACACAACGAUUGGAAUCGAGAUAAAAAGUUUACCAUCUGCUAGCCAUGUGGAAUGCUCAUUUUUUGAAGGUGGAAAAUCACCUUUAGCCAGUACCAGAGCUGUAAUCAAAUCCCUUAAUUUAGCAAUGUGCCACAUUCCAGCUAACGUCUUCUCCCCACCAGCCAGGUUGGCUUUCUCAGUCGUAAUUGAUACUUUUGUUGUGGUCGACCAAAUGCAGUUAUACUUUGUCCCAGAGUUUGAAGUUAGUUCAGUCUAUCCCACCAUUGGGAUCAUCAGUGAAAAAAACUUGGUUCGAGUGCAACUGGAGUCAUUAAACAUUUUUGUAACACAUUUCUGGUGUGCUUUUGGUGCAACACUAACUCAGGGCCGAGUUGAAAAAACACAUCACGCUUUGGUGAUUGAGUGUAUGUCACCAGUCAACAACUUCGCAGCGGACAUUCCGUUAGCGAUCACAACAAACGGUGUAGAUUUUUUCUCGUCGAAGGCAAAAUAUGAGCGAGUCUUCCGAUAUGUCCGAAAACCCUCGGUCUACUCGUUCGUGCCGCGGAUAGGAUCGACAAGGGGUGGAACAAAGCUUGUAUUAAAGGGUGAUGACUUUCAUGAGUUUAUGAAAUUGACGUGCAUCUUUAGCGGUUACGCAGUAGUACAAGCGGAGUGGCAAAAUUCUAGCCACGUGUCUUGCAUCACACCUAAAGCCGCAUACGAGCAAAAAGUUGCAAGUAUAGCUGUUUCCGAUGCUAACAACAACUUUCGACUCAGAAUGCAGCAAACUUUCGAAUACGCACAAGAUGUGAUCGUGACGAAAUUGUCUCCACCAACAAUUCCGAAAAAUUUUGAAGGAGUCCUUCGUAUUUCUGUGAAUUUCCUGCAUUUGUCUUCAUCCUGGUGGUGCCGAAUAAACAAUGCUUCAUUAGUGGGUGUCUGGACUGCACGUACCGAACUGUUGUGUCCUGUCUCACCUCAUUUACUUCGCGAGACUGAUAAUGCAGCAAUUUCGAUCAGUCCCAAUGGUCAAGAAUGGAGUCCUGUUUUCCCAAUCAGCAUCAUUUCGGAUUUCUCGGUUCACUCAAUCGCACCCAAUCGAUUUGUAUGCGGAAAAAUGGAGGAAUUGCAUUUGUAUGGUACAGGAUUCUCCAAUGACUCUCAAAUGGCAUGCUAUUUUAACCAUACUCCUGUGCCCGCUUUAUACGUGAGUAAUGUCGAACUAUUGUGCUAUCCGCCUCAUAUCGCGAACGUAACAGCAUUAAACGUGACUGUGACUGGAUACGACGGAUUCAUUGCGGAGAAUGUAGUAUCCGUUUUAUGCCAAAUCGCCCCUGUGAUUCAGCACGUGCAUCCUAGCUAUGGUAGCUCAUCGGGGGGAACCGUUAUGACUGUUUUGAUGCGUGAUCCCUUGGAUAAACAAACGGAAGAUGUUCAAUGCUGUUAUGGAACACAUUUUUGUUUGUAUGGAGUGACUAUAAACUCAACAGCGCUAAAAUGUGUUACUCCCGCCAUGGAUUCGGGGCCGACCAUGCUGAAAAUUGUUCUCGGAUCAUUUGGUGAAGGUUUUCUCAAUUCCACACAGGUAUUUUUCUAUUUUUUUCAAGUCCCUAAAAUAUUAGACGUCUUGCCGCAGCUGGUGCUCCUGUCUCUAAACUUCACAGUCUCGGUGUAUGGAGAAAAUUUUGUAAGCACCAAUGAGCUAGGAUGCAUAUUGCGCACUGACUACGGUGACUUUGAGUUAUCAACUCAAUGGCAGUCAAAAGAGCUGAUAACUUGUAUUCAGCCGUUUGAGAAGAUUGAGCUGCCGACAGUCAAAUCCAUCAAUGCUCGCGUCUUACUUACUGUCAAUGGACUUGACCUGAUCGACACUAGCAUGAAUAUUACAUUACUUCGUCCACCGGAUGUACUAUCAGCAAUUUUUGUGCGAUCUGGGCUGCAGCAAUCUCUGAAAUUGACAGGAAAAUAUUUUGAUUCUGGCUUGAAACUCAUGUGCAAUAUUGAGUCUUCUAACAAGUCCACGGUAACGCCUGCUCAAAUUGUGAAUGCAACGGUAGCAAAUUGCCCAGCACCGCCUUGGAACAUGGAUAGGGAGCGUACAAAAGUUUGUUUGUGGUCAGCAAACAGUGGGAAAGUAAGUGAAAGCAGAGAUGUUUUCGUCAACGGUGUCGCUGCUAACGGUAAAUCCUGGUGGGGAUUGCUGCCCAGCACAGGUUCCACGCAUGGUGGAGACAUCGUGCAGCUUGUAAUGAUUGGAUUUGAUGAUAAUCGUUCGAGCUGGAACUGCUGUUUUAAUGAGCUGACGUGCUCACGUGUGUUUCAAGCACAUCAGGGCGCUUUAUGGAUGGUGACUUUACCGGUCAUAAAUAUGACAGGAAUUGUGCCAGUGUCUCUAACAUCGGGAGACGGGUCAGCUAUUAUAGAGCAAAAAUCAUGGUUUCUUUUUUUCGAUUCUCCAAUGGUGUGGACUAUUUCUCCAACGACUGGAAAUGUUCACGGAGGUAGCGUUGUAUCAGUUCAGGGCGAAGGCUUUUUAUCUGCAGCAAAUUUGCAAUGUAAAUUUGGGAAUCUGUAUUCAAUUCCAUACUCUGUGUCAAAUAAUCGUUUACUGUGCACCACUCCUCGUUCCAGUUCUAAACAGCGUGUAAGGUUUGAUCUUGUAUACUCAGACGGGAAAGGUACGGGCAGAGUGGCAGAGAAGAAUAGAGUCAAUCAUUUCGAAUAUGUUGCUGUACCCAGUAUUGUCGGAGUCAUUGUCAAUGAAAAUGCAAGCUCAAGGUUACAUUUGAUCAUUACAGGAUUUAACUUGUAUAACGAAGCAACUUUAGUGUGCCGGUUCGGGCUUGAAGUAGUAGCCGCCCGCUUAGUGGAGCAAGAUAAAGUCGUUUGCUCCCCGCAUCGAACGUAUACUGAGGGACAACAAUUAGUUGUAUCGGUUUCGAAUGACGGUGUGCUGUUUUCUCGUGACUUUAUCAUCCAGUAUAAUGCUACAGGCUCAUUAGCUGUGGCGCACUUAUCACCAGUUUGUGGAUUGGACUGGGUAAAGACAGAAGUAUUAUUGUAUGGAAACGAUUUUGUUAAUGAACCUUACGAUUGCAUCUUUGGAUGGAAGAAUUGGCAGCAACGUGUCAAAGGCAAAACGAUUAAUCGAUCCUGCGUAAGCUGUGAAGUACCACAGUGGACGUUGAGUACGCCACGAGAGCUUCCCAUCUCGCUGCAAUCAAAGACCAGUUUGGCACGGAGUAAUGCACUUAUUUAUCGGUAUAUUCCAGAAGUUGUUAUUUCUUCCGUCAAACCAAACCGUGCAGUCGCUGGGUUAGCUACAAGCAUUGUAAUCACCGGAGGUCCAUUCGCGAAUUGGCCUGGGGCUGAUUGCAUUCUGCUUCCGAGUCACCAAAAUGGAUCUGCAAUUACUUUUCGCGCAGCGUGGAAAUCCACCUAUCAGAUCAUAUGCACUAUGCCUAUUUCCCUGUUGCCAGGAGUUUACCGCGUUGGGUAUGCUCCGAAUGGAGUAUACAGCGUCUGCGCUGAACAAUUACUUUAUUUAGUCAAUCACCCUGUGGUCACAAAUGGUCAUCCUAACCGAGGGCCUACAUCAGGUAACACUGAACUUGUGCUCCAGGGCCACUACUUUUCUUCAAAUAUGUCCUGCUGUUUUGGUGCUUCCUGUGUUCCGCUUAAAAUUGUGAAUACGUCGAUUGCGAUAUGUCGAACACCUCCCCAUUCAAUUGGAUCCGUUCCAGUUAUGAUCUCUUUUAGCUUGGUCGGACGUUUUCCAUCCAACGUUUUGUUUCAAUAUUUCGAAGCCGCACGAAUAAAAGAACUGAUUCCUCCGAUUAUUGUGGUUGGAUCCACUCAGCCAGAAUUUAUUGUAGUGAUUGGAACCAGCUUUAGCACCGACUUGACAUUCGGUUGCACCUUUGACGGUCUUGCAAGUACUCCAUUACAUGUUAUUGCGCAUAAUAGCUCCAGUGUCACGUGUCCUCUUCCAAUUAUUCCAACGAGACUGUAUUCGGUAAUAAAGCUAGGAAUUGUAGCGUUCACCGACGCUUCAGAAAUAUAUAUGACGAGCAUUUCUGUUGAGCUAGUUGAACAAUCUGUGAUCACAAGAGUUCUGCCUGAAGUUUUAUCACCCAGUGAAAAUAUGAUGUUUGAAGUUCAUGGUGUAUUGGAGUACAUGUCAGAAUACACAAGGUGCACUUUUAAAUGCAGAAGCUUUAGUGGUACUCAAGUCAUUCGAGAAGGUGCGUUCACCUCCCUGACGAGUGCUAUUGCGCAGUGUGACUUGUUUGAUCUCGCUCUCCCGCUUGGUUCGUGCCAGAUUACUCUAUCAAAAAAUGGCGUCCAAGUCUCGAGCAAUAGUAUUGAAAUACUGGUACGUAAUCCAAUAAUCGUGAGCCGUGUUACACCUUCGUCAGGCUUCACACUUGGAGGCACUCUUCUUACCAUCGACGGAUCAGGUUUUCCAGACGACAUUGAGCCACUCUGUCAUUUUGGACAGGCAAUUUAUCAAAAAGCUUUAGUCAUUUCUACCGGUAGAUUAUACUGCUCCACUCCUGUGAUGAAAUUGCCUAAUAGUACCAAGAUUCUCGACAUGUGGAUCUCAUUUGGCGGGAUAAAGUCCUCAGUGCUGCCAUUCUUCUUUUCUGCUCCAGCUCUCAUCACCGAAGUGAGUCCAAAGUUUGGCCCCGCAGACGGAGGGACAAAAAUUGAAAUUAAAGGAAUAAAUAUUUCUCCAAAUUAUGGAGUCAGCUGUUUGUUUGAUGGAAAAACCAUCGUGAUGUCUGACUCGUUACAGCAAGGAGCAGUGUGGUGUACCACGCCAUUGAUGAUAAUUGGACUGCACACGUUUGAGCUCAUCACCGAGAGUGGUGAUCGAAUGUCUAGCAACUCUGUCGAGUUUCGAGCUAUUCCGCGCGAGCAACUUUUUUUCAUUUAUCCUACUCAAGGCAUCCAGACUAAAGUUACCGAGACAAAAAUUCGUGUAACGGGUAGUAAUUUUGUGGAUUCGACAUCUCUUACAUGUAUUUUUGGCGACGUUAAGGCAUCUUCGACAAGUUUUGUAUCUCCUUCGAUGAUUGAAUGUGUUGUUCCGUUUAUGCAACUCGGAACGAAAGUGGUUAAGGUAUCGAAUAACGGCGUUGACUUUUCUUUAUCCUCGCAAUUGUAUGAGGUUUUGCCUCUAAUGUCGAUUGCCAGGGUUUCUCCCCGUCAUGGUUCUUUUUUGGGUGGUACUGUUGUGGUGUUAACUGGUGUGUUUGAAGUUUACGAUGAAAUUGAAUGCAUGUUUGGAGGCAAAGUUGUUGCUGCCCACUUUAUCAAUGCCUCGGUUGUGAAAUGCAUUGCACCACCUGCAAGACUUGGUGACAUCGUAGCGAUCAAUGCCCGCGUCUACAACAUAAUUGCCUACAUUGAAGAUGAUGCCGAAACCGACUUCGUGUAUGGAGUGGGACCCGUCGUGACUAACAUAUUACCUUCGGUUGUAUCACAGACAACAUCCUUAAUUAACGUAACAAUUAUCGGAGCAGAUUUCAGCCAGUCAAAUCUGGUCGGCUGUCAGUUCUCAACUCAGCCAAUAUCUCGCUUUUAUUACGACCGUGGUAAUGGCUGGUGUACCUUCAAUGCAACUUUUGUCGGUGUUUUUGAGCUGGUUCUGACAUCAUCUGGAAUUAGUUUGGAUCGAAUUAUUACUCACCAAAGCAUUCGUGUUAUUUAUGAAAUUCAGCCGAUUUCUAUAUCACCGCGUCAAUUUGAUGAACGUGGAGGAACCGAAAUUAUCAUACAAGCUUUAAAUGUAGUCCCAAGAGGGACGUCGCUUCGGUGUCUUUUUGGCCAGAUAGAAGUCGAUGGACUAGCUCUUUCGGACUCUCUAUUACGUUGCAUAACGCCCUCAAUGCGACCCGGCCGCAUGUCAUUUAGGCUGAGUCAAGAUGGAUUUUCUUGGUCAAGGAAAGUGCUGGAGAUUGAAGCAUUUGCCACCCCGCAAUUGUUUGCAGUAUCACCCAGUCGCUCUGCGGCUGUGGUGGGCUUUGCUUUUAUCGUGUAUGGAACCAAUUUGCGCCCUUUUUUAAGUCUGAAAUGUACUUUUGGUGAUGUCAAGGCUCCGGCGAUCAGUUUAAAUGACUCAGCGGUGAAGUGCAUCACUCCGUCACGACUCAGAGUAGGCACUCUUGCACUGGGUGUCAGCCUGAACGGAAUCGAAGACAGUCGCAAUACUUUAGAUGUGGAGAUUUACAAUAUUCCAAGUAGAUUAUACAUCCGAUCACUCAAGAGACUGCUGGAUGGUCGCUGGGUUGCUUCGAUCGAUGGUUUAAACAUCUCGCCGCACGGUCAAUAUGUAUGUCAAUACGAAGACAAGCCUUUGUCAGGAUUUGUUCGGAAUGUGACGUUUCGUGGAAUGGAGUGUAUAUCCGGCUCCACAACGCAAAACAGGCGUCCAAACUUGCUUACAUUAACGCUGUCUGGUGAAUUGCUCCUACGACAAGAUAUCACUAGAAACGUUGGGUGCCCAACCUUGGUGUAUGGGUUGUCGACGACAAUAGUGCGAUCAGGACAAAGCCGUGAGAUCUCUUUAUUUGGCUUUAAAUUUGAUUCUAAAAUGGACUUAGCCUGCCAUAUUGGCCACCAUACUUCUCCCGGUGUCGUCAAAUCUCAAAACACGAUGCACUGUGCUCUUCCAUUUCAAAUACCUGGAAAGUAUACUCUUGAAAUCACAUGUGCUGCUGGCUUUGAACUCCUGGGAGCAUACCAAAUUGAGUACGCUCCUUUGCCUCGUAUUUGGAGCUUUCUACCUAUCAUUGUGCCUAGUGGUGGCACGUUCGGUGUCGAAAUAUUUGGGUCCAACUUUACCCAGGAUGAUGUCGUCUUUUGUGUUUUCGGCUCUUUGACAAUGCGUGUCCAGGCGACAUUCAUUUCACCGUCUCGUUUAAAAUGCUCGACCCGUCGAAAUUGGGUAGCUGGCCAAGUUCUGUUAACGUUGGUGCUUGAAACUCACGAUGAUUUUACAAAUGUGUUAUACCAAUCUUCCUUCAUCAUUGCUGAAAGGAUACUCGAAUCAAGUAAAUUUAAACCAGAUUUUGGCUCGACAAUCGGCAACUAUUUAAUUUAUGUAGAGAUGAAUGUGUCCUGGAAUAGCUAUGAAAAUAAAAGUUGUAAAUUUGUGUCAGCGGAUAUGGAUGUGGGCACUGAAUUUUACAGUUCUCUUAAAAGUUUCGAUACUGAUCAAACAAAAGUUUUAGGUUGUCACGUGCCACGAUUAGAAGUUGGAUCGUACUCAGUAUCAUUCUCACCAAAUGGGCGCGAUUUUGUAUUAUUUCGCGAAUCAUUCAUUGCUCACUUACCAAUUCAAGUGGGAAGCGUAGACCCCCCCUUUGCCGUUUCAGCCCGCUCGAUGGACAUUAGAAUAUAUGGUAAAAAUUAUCAGCGCUGGAUGCGCCUUGAAUGUGGAUUUCGUGUGAAUGGAACAAAUUUUUAUUUUUCAAUCGCCGAAUAUGUAUCAGACACAUUGACGUCACUCAUUUUUCCAAAUAUAUCAUUUCCUUUUGAGUUCAAACCGGGAAUCAAAUUUCACUCGAUUUACCCUGAUAAUGGCACCACUAGCGGCGGUACUAUUGUGAAUAUUGUGGGUCAAGGAUUUUCUAGAGACAUCGACCUCAGAUGCCAUGUACUAAAUGAAAUUUUAAUCGCGACAUUUGUCGAUGCAACUACACUUCGCUGUCGAACCCCGGCAUCUCAAGCCACGACAGCCCCUUUUCGCUUCUCAAUUGGAAAUAUGAAUUUCUUUGAGGAAGUCUUUAUCUUUACGUACGUAUCACAGCCUCAACUGAGUGACGUAAAGGAUCUAUCUGCCGAUCUCGAUGGCAACAACGAAGUCAAUGACAGUACUCAGUAUCCAUCUAGGUCUGAACAACCCCGUUCAUACGAGUCCACGCCAUCGAUACGUUUUCUUGAGCCCACGUUAGGCUGGACUCGCGGUGGCACUACAGUUGUUGUGCACGGAUUCAAAAUGAUAUUUUCAUCUAAUAUUGAGUGCGUGUUUGGGCCUAAAACAGUUCACGCCGCAUUUAUAUCAGCUCAAGAGCUCGCAUGUAUCUCUCCUCAAUUCGCUAAGCCUGGUCGUCACAAUUUCGCAGUGAGAUCAAAAGGCAGAGUGUGGGAAGCAGUCACUCCACUCUGGUUCGACGUGUUCUCUCCACCUUACAUUGAAACAAUGAAGCCUACUUCUGGGGAUGUCACAGGCGGUACAAAUGUUGUGUUUCAAGGAAAUACUAGCUCUCUUAUGCAAGCGCGAUCAGAUGUUUUUUGCCGAUUUGGUGAAUUCUUUGUGCUUGCACGAGUCACUAGCACUACUGAAGUAGAGUGUACAUCACCGCCUACCGCGGAGAUUUCGGUCGUCGACAUGGCCUUGUUUUUUAAUGCUAAUGAUAUCGUACUGGUGCCGUUCAUGUUUCACUACACGCAAAAGCCCGCGUUUCGCUUUCUCACACCCGCAGUUGUCAGUGAAUAUACUGACGGAUAUGUGACAAUACAUGGCAAGGGAUUUGUCGAUUCAGGUGGUACUGCGUUCUGUAGCUACGAUUCAAUUACAGAAAAUAACUACUUCUUGGACUUUGUUAGUGACGAUGAGAUUCGCUGCUCAUUGCCACAUCUCAAACCCAAAAAUCUUGUACUUAUCAGCGUCAGUUUCAACGGGGAAGACAUCUUUUCUACUAACCUCAAACUUAGUGUUCGGUCUCGACCUAUUCUGCUAAGUAUGACUCCACAGCUGGACAGCGUAUAUGGCGGUGCUGUAAUAGAAAUUACGGGGCUAAAUUUAUUUUUUGCGGAUCAUUUUCUUUGCUUGUUUGGAACGAAAUGGUCGAAUGCUACAAUGAGACAUGGCAAAAUUAUGUGCUCGGUCCCGCCAUCAGUGUCGCUCUCUAGUACUUCUCGCGUCAAUGUUUCGUUAAUAAGCGGUACUAGAAAAUAUGCUGCGGAGAUAUUCAAUUUGACUUACACUCUUGCACCAGAAAUUUUGUCGGUCUUAACGAUUCCAAAUUUUGGAAAUAGAUUCCAGCAAAUUCAAUUGUGUGGAAAAUUUUCAACAAGUUCUUCGUCUCAUUACUUCCGACUUGAAAAAUUUGACAAUGAGAUGGGAAAUAAUAUAAUCGAUACGGGUAUGUUUGGACGCUUUAUAAAUAGAACAUGCCAAGUGUUUGAGACAGGAGCGACUGCAGAUGCUUGCUCAUCAGGAUGUGAUCUCUUAUGGUCUGUAAACAACCAAACUUUUAUUCACACAGGGAGGCAGAUUACAUUGUCGCCCCUGACACGUAUAGUUAAGGUAGCACCUUUGUAUGGCUCGAUCAGCGGGAACGAGGUUAUACGGAUCGAAGUCGAAAACUGGAAUUCAUUGACUCAUUUGAAUUGCGUUUUUGAUAAACUUCAUCGAACAAUCAUCACAUUAAUGUCCUCUCGGAUUGCAGAGUGCGAAACAAUUUCGCAUUCCGCUGGAUUAGUCGACUUUGAAAUUGUGAUAAUUGACGAAUUUGGAGCCACACAAACUCUGAGAAAGGUCAAUUUUACGUUUGUCGGUCCAAUGGAAGUCGCGCAAGCUGCUCCAUUAAUAGGCUCGAAUCGUGGGGGAACGUCAGUUUAUGUUCGUGGCAAAGGAUUUCUGAACCACCAUGAGCUUCGAUGUCGGUUCGGGGAGUUAUCUGUGCCUGCUCAUUACGUCAAUGGCUCUUUCGUUAUUUGUGUUAGCCCUCCCAUGAUAAAAGCCGCAACUGAGGUAUCAUUUUUCGUAUCACUAGGUAAACUUGUUACAUAUGAAGUAAACGACGCAAAAGCUACGUUUUUAUACAUAAACACACCAUUGAUUACAAAAAUUGAGCCAUCGAGUGGUAUAUACAACAAAACCCAUUCGAUAAAGAUUUUCGGCUCCCAAAUUAUCCCUCAGAUGGUCACAAAAUGCCGAUUUGGAGAAAUCAUUGAUAAUAUUCCGGCGAAAAUUGUUUCAAAUGGUCAUUUAUUAUGCGCGGUUAAAUUUCAUUCACUUGGGAAUAUACAAAAUUCAAAACAGCUGCCGAUCGGAUUGAGCAUAAGUGGAGAACCAUACUUUGAGACUGGAUUCAGUUUUACUGCGUUUAAGCCUUUAGUGCCCAUCAGAGUCAUCCCAGAUGCAAUCAUUAGAGGCCGAACCGAUCAAGUCAAGAUUGAGUGUCGUGGUACAUACUCGUCACAUGAAUGGCGAUGCAUUUUUGACGAUUUGAAUGUGACUACAUUGGGAGAACUUGUGUCUCGAAGUGUUAUAUCUUGUACGUUACCUCCAGAAAAAUAUUUAAAACCAGGAACAAUCUAUGUGAGGCUUUUCGAUAAAGACGUCGAAACUUCCGCCAACGCUGUUGAGGUCGAUGUGCUCGAAUUGCCUGAAAUAUUCGAUUUCAGCCCAAAAUUUAGCAAAGUUCACACGUCAUCUGAUACUGACGAAACUGUCGAUCACGUGCUAAUUACCGGAAGAAACUUUGCACCGUUCAGACGUAUCGAUUGCCGAUUCGGUUCAUUAUCUUCUUUCGGGACUUUUAUUAGUUGGACACAACUUCAAUGUUUGAUUCCAAAGUCGCGUACUUCACGUCGCGUAUCACUUUCUAUCUCGUUCAAUGGAAUUGACUUUUUGUCGGCAUAUCAAUCAUUUGAGUUUCUCGUUAACUUAAAUGUUGUUAGUGUAUCUCCCAACAUUGGUGCAAUAUCAGGAGGCACUACUGUACACGUUUACGGUGGUGAGUUUGUGAUGCAAGAAACGAUCGUGUGCAGAUUUGGCGAGUAUAGCAAUUCUCAGAAUGCUGUGGUCAUUUCGCCCAGCGAAAUUAUCUGUACGACUCCCGAAGUUUUCACUAUUGGCAAAUUUGACAUUAGUAUAUCGUCUUUAACGCGCAGGCUUUCUGGAAGUCUGUCGAACGCUUUUACGUACACCAAAGAGCCAGUGGUGUUGGCAGUGGUUCCUUUGGAGGCGCUAUCAAUGAUCGAAACGUUGUUUGAUGUUUACGGUCGAGGCUUUGUCCGCUCGCCGCUGCUGGGUUGUAGCUUUAGUGAAAAUGUUUCAGCAAAGAUAUUCACUGUUCAUGCCAUCUGGGUCACUUCGAGGCAUAUUAAAUGUUUUUCUCCCACAACAACCUCAUUUGUAGGUGGGAUUCAACUCCGGGUUGCGAAUAAUGGUGUUGACUUUGUACACGCUCGCUCAAAAUCCAUGAUCCAGUUUCGAACUCAAGUUGAUAUCUUAGAGAUUUAUCCUACGACGGGUAUCGCUGAAGGCGGGACACCUGUUAUGAUAAGGGGCAAACAUUUUGGCGGCGCGUACGGGUACUGGUGUCGAUUUGGUGAAAAUACCGAGCCAGUUGGUGGUAUCAUUAUCAGUGACAAAGAACUUCGAUGUACUAGCCCACCUUCCUCGUUCGAUACAAAAGAAAUCGAAAUUUAUCUCUCGAUAAAUGGCCGCGAUUUCGUCUCGACCAAUCAAACAUUCAGCUAUUACUCCCAACCGAUUGUCGUCAAGAUAUCUCCAACACAAGGCUCUAUGGACGCACCGACUGUGGUAACUAUUACUGGAGCAGGAAACUACUCAGGUGUACCGUUGUGUCGUUUUGGAAAUAUUAUUGUUCAAGCGUAUUUACGAUCUGAUAAGGAACUUAUGUGUACUGCCCCCUUAAGUCGCUUUGCUGGAUCUGUUUUUGUCGAUGUUUCCCUAAAUGAUGGUGUAGACUUUACUCACAACAGUAUUUCAUACACAUAUGUGCUGGGUCCACGCAUCCGCCACAUCUCUCCUGUCUCAGGUCCAGCAGCUGGUGGAACAUUGAUGCAUAUUACAGGCCUCAACUUUUAUUCAUCAAGAUUAACAAAAUGCUGUUUUGGAAAUCGAUACAGCUGCACCUCUGGGUUGUUGUUAAAUGCCACUGUGAUUCAAUGCGUGACUCCGCCCGCAAAACUUUCUGGAGCUGAAGUUGGCUCCAAGCAAGUUCCAAUACUUUUAGCCUUAAACGGCCAGAAUUUUGUCACGCUUAAUAUGCGAUUUGAGUACGUUUAUGACAUUACAAUUGAUUACGUGCAUCCAGCUUUCGGUGAUAUUUAUGGUGGCACUGUGAUAUUCUUAUAUGGUCGUCACUUGCGCUACUCAACCGGUUUACAAUGUCGUUUCGGUAAUCUUCGGACUCCAGCAUCAUACUGGAAUGACUCAGCGGUAUCGUGCGAGGCUCCUCCCUAUCAAGUUGGUGACACAAGUCUAUCGAUAUCGCUGAACGGCCAGGACUUCACUUCCGCCAAAUUAAACUUUACUUACAUCCAGCUUCCGUUUGUCUACACACUAACGCCCAGUGCCGGACCAUUGCGUGGAGGCUUUUCAAUUCAAAUAAGUGGAGCUUUUUUUUCAAAUAUCACAACAAUCUGUCAGUUCUCGCAAAACGACGAGAUCAUACAAGACACGGUUGCUCUUUUUGGCUCUUCCGCUCAAAUAAGUUGCUUGGCUCCUUCUGGCAAUCACUUUGGAAAAGCUUCGCUUACACUCUUUGUUCAUGGAAUUUCGGCUCCAAAACUCCAAAAGUUAGAUCUUUGGUACUAUGAUAACGUUAGCUUACACGCUGUGGAACCGUUGUUGUGUAGUAAUGCCGGUGGCUGCACUUUGGUAAUUUCUGGAGCCAAUUUCAGACGAGAUGCAGAUCAACAGUGUUGCGUUAGCGUGCCGGGAUUGAAAUCAAAGGGAUUUGUCGAAGUAAAUAUAAUAUCAUACGGUGUGAAGUUGUCAAGCCAUGCUCUGGUUAUAGAGGUUCACGACCCUAUCAUAUUGAAUGAGGUACAUCCAACGACAGGAACAUACCGUGGAGGCACGAAGAUAACAGUCACAGGCUGGAAGUUCGUGUUAACUCCACACCUUUCUUGUUGCUUUGAUGAUAAUCAGGUACCGGCCACACUCAUCAACUCCUCGGUGCUCGAGUGCUUUACACCUUAUCAUAAAGCAAAAUCUGCUUUAAUAAAAAUAAGUAUGAACGGCCGAGACUGCUUGAAUAGUGGGGUCGAUGUAACAUUUGAAUUUCAACUUUCCCCUACCAUUUUUCAAGUAUUUCCAAACGUUGGCACACGGAUGGGUGGCACAACAAUUACACUGCAAGGUGAACACUAUAAAGCAAACAUAACGACCUGUUUUUUUGGUGCUGUCCAGGCAACUUACCAUAAAGUACUAUCAGACACACAGAUGAAGUGUACAAGUCCAGCACAAAGCCCCCCACAGCGUGUUCAGGUCAUUGUAGCCGACAAUUAUCAAGAUUUUUCCACGAGUCCUGUUUUUUUUGUGUAUCUUGCAGCAGAAGAGGUCAAAUCUGCGUCACCAAUGCGUCUAUCCUCGAUUGGAGGCGGUAAAAUUGCAAUUGUGACCGAAAAUGCUCGCGAUAGUGCCACGCUCAGCUGUUUUUUCGGCCACGUAAUUGCUCUUGCACAGUUUGAAUCAGCAUCGAAAGUCUACUGUUUAAUUCCAGCUUUGACGCCUGGAUUUUACGAUUUGUAUAUUUCAAAUGAUGGAAAGCUCAAGUCUCAAAGUUUUGCUACUGUUGAGCUUGUGAAACCGCCGAUUAUAGCAACAGUAGAACCGCUUUCUGGUGGAGUGGAAGGUGGAACACUUGUGUCGAUUAAGGGUUCCCGACUUGACACCGUGUCCCACUGUCGCUUUGGUGUAGUACACGCAUCGGCUUAUGUACUCAGCCCCAACCUAGUGCAGUGCAAAUCACCAAGACAGAAUAAUUUUGGAAACGUGAAUUUUGAUAUCUGGGAUCAUGGAGCUAAUAUUCCAUCUCAUGACAUCUUAUUCACUUAUCUGAGUCCAGAACAGACGACCAGGCGUAGAUUAGCUCUCACAAACGACAAAGUCGGCAUUUCUCUUAUCCCUACAGUCUUGUCAAUGUAUCCUUUUGAAGUAUCGAUUAUUGGAGGAACAUUAAUCACUGUGUAUGGCGAUAAUUUCAUCAACUCCCUGGAGCUUGCCUGUCGAUUUGGUUCGGUAAUCGUUGAAGCAAGGUUUCACUCUGCCGAACAAAUUGUGUGCGCAACACCACGAUUACAACCUAAGCAAUACACGUUUCAGGUUUCAAAUGAUGGUCUAACCUUCUCGAAUAGCCCAACGGGUAUCUCUGUUUAUACAGACGCUUUUGUCGAACAUAUAUCGCCCACACACGGACCUCAAAUUGGCGGAACUACAGUGACAAUUUACGGUAUGAAUUUUCGAAGAGGGCUGUAUUUAUGGUGCAAAUUUGGCGAACUUGGCGCAGUGCAAGUAGUAAAGUACGUUUCAUCCACUGAAGUUGUUUGUGUCACGCCACCUCAGCAGGAUAUGACAUCUGUUGUGCGAGUUGUUGUGAUGAACAAUAACGUCACCUUUACACCCAAUCCAGUAUUUUUCACCUACACGGCAGCUGCAGAUCUAGUGUCAGUCACACCAAGUAUUGGAAGUCUUUCUGGGGGCACUCAGCUUUUAAUUCAAUGGCACAGACCUGAAAUUAGCUAUGAAAGUGUCGUCACUUGUCGUAUUGGCGGUAUCAAUUCGGUCGGAGUCGUUCUUGCAACUAACAUUGUUGAAUGUAUCACUCCUGCUUCGAAGCAGCCAGGUAAGCAAUUAAUUCAAUUGAGUACCAAUGGGCAUGAUUUUACAUCGUCAAAACUAUAUUUUGAGUACGGCGAGAAAGUUGUCCUUUACUCGAUAACUCCUAAUCUGGGUCCAAGCAUUAAUGCAAACACGGUCAUUACCGUACGCGGCAAGGGAUUUUUCAACUCAAUAAACCUUGCAUGCAUGUUCAGGUCGACAAAGAUCUCUGCUAGAUAUAUUGACCCUGGUAUGAUUACUUGUGCCGUGCCGCGAGAUACGCCCAGACAGGUGGCAGUGCGAGUUACAAAUAAUGGAAUUGACUUCUCUAACUUUGCCAUAUAUAUGUACGUAAGCGACAUAUCGCUGUCACGAUUAUUUCCAACAAACGGAUUAAAAGAAGGCGGUACUAGCGUCUUUUUUCAGGGAACAAAUUUUGUCAAUCACACGUUGUUGGCUUGUCGAUUUGGCGAAAUACUAAGCCCAGCAACGUACUUGUCGGAACAUAUAGCUACUUGUGUUGCACCCCGACAACUUGUUGACUUGCGACCAACUAACGGUACCGUUUCUGUGGAAAUGACUAGUAAUCAGGUGGAUUUUACAACCAGUGGCCUUGAGUACACUUACUUGCAAAGUUGUCCAAGCUCUCACUUUUGCUUCAAUGGAGAUAUAUACACAUGUCCCAAUGGAACAACAUGUGGAUCACCGGGUGGAACUAACUUCACCCUUUGUACUCCUGGAACGUUUCAACCGCGGCAUCACCAAAUUACUUGUUUGCCUUGCCCAGUUGGAUUCUUUUGCCCCGACCACGGAAUGACAAAGCCCUUACUGUGUUGUGCUGGAAUGGUAUGCGAUGAGCACGGAUUGCGUUCACCUUUAAAGUCUUGCCCUGCGGGUCACUAUUGCCGAAAAGGGACUAAAACCGCGGAUAUUCGCGACUUUUCCACAAAUCCCGAAUACUUGAUUGAUGAUGAGACGCAGCUCGCCACCUUUGUAGAAACGUCACGAGCGUGGGCCCUCAUAUCUCGGAUCGCCCCGGCUAUCGGAACUCGUCGUAUUGAACAUUCGCCUCGUUUUAGCUCCUGCGAUUCUCGAUUAUGUGUGUCAAAUAGCACUGAUCUUCUAGCUGAACGACCCUAUGCUUGUCCGCUUGGUACUUAUUGUCGGCGGGGUGUAGCUGUCCAGCAGCUGGAAAUAAACAAUUACAGCGCUCCUCAAAAAUGUUACGCAGGAUUCUUUUGCCCUCGUGGUUCCUCCACUCCGGAAGGCAAGGGUCCAUGCCCGACGGGCCACUAUUGUCCGAACGAUUUUGACGCAGUUGUAUGCGCUGCUGGUCAGUAUUGCCCGGGAGUUGGUAAUCUUCGACCAAGAGCCUGCUACCCGGGAACGUAUAAUUCCUUUACAAAACAAUCUAUCUGCUCCCUAUGUCCGACUGGACAUGUGUGUCCUCAGCCUAGGAUGACAACUCCUAAGUUGUGCCCUGCUGGAUUUGUUUGUAUUUCUGCUGGCUUGGCUGUCCCUUCGCUGCUCUGCCCUGCAGGAUAUAUAUGUAUGGAAGGCACACGAACACUUGACCCGUCCAAUACGAUUCCAUUUCACCCACAUUCAUGUCCAAGAGGUACUUACUGUCUCGGAGGUGUGGCACAUAACACUACCAUCGAAUGGAUUCCAAGUCGACCAGAAGGCGCGGUUGCUCCUCAGAUUUGUACCGAAGGCACUUUUUGUGAAGAAGGAACGCCGACACUUUCUGGCACUGACGUUUGUUUUGCUGGUCACUAUUGUCCACCCGGUACGAGCACUCCAAUCCAAUCCCAAGUUGGAAGUUUCGCAGGAACUACUGGGUCCGUUGUCUCGACAAUGUGCUUUCCUGGUACCUACACCCCUUUAAAAGGCACUGUAAAGUGUGAGGUAUGCCCUGCUGGUCAUAGCUGUCCAGAAUAUGGCACUUAUCUUCCGUCGUUGUGUCCACGUGGCUUUUAUCGGUCACUGGCCGACAGUAUCACGUGUCGAGCUUGUCCAGAAGGGACGUGGUCACCAAAUACGGGAGUGACUGAUGUUUCAUUCUGCGAAAUUUGUCCUGCUGGACGGGUGUGUGGUAACUCGGGUAUGAUUUCAAUGGCUUUAAGUUUGCCUUGUGCUGAGGGCUACGUUUGUGGCGAGGGAACUAAUCGGCGAACGCAGUUUGAGCACAUGUGCCCUGCCGGGCACUAUUGCUCGUCCGCGACAUCUAUCAGCAACCAGUAUGGACUCGUGUGCGAAAAAGGUUACGUGUGCACUCGCGGGACCAAGAUAACUGAAAAGACUAAAGACAAGUGCCCAGAUGGCAACUUUUGUCCUUCUGGAACUGCUAAUAGUAGCAGUGUCUACACAAAUUGUCCGAGUGGCACAUGGUCAAGCUCAAGUGAGGACGAGCUGUUGGAUUGCAAAAUUCGAGCUGUGCAUAUUUGUGAUAAAUUGCCGGAAAGGCAUUACUAUCCUCAAUUUACUUAUCAAUUCCAAGGCAGCCAAAUACGCUUUGAUUCCACGAAGGAGACUACUCGGACGGGAGAAGUGGAGGCAAUUAGUGUGAUAAACCCGGUAAAUGUAUCGGCUUCCGUACCCUUCUGGAAUAAUGAUACCGUUGAUACCAUUCGCGUUUGCCCGCCGAUUGUGGCUCGUGCUGGUGGAAUACUUUUGACUGUGAUUGGCCGUAAUUUCAUAAACACGGGACGUCUGGUGUGCAAAUUUCAGAUUCCGAUGACUCUAUAUUCUCAAACAUCACCAGGGUUUUACAAAAGCAGCACAAGAGUGACAUGUCGGGCUCCUCCUUUCAUGACGAAUACCAUAGAAGAUGUGCUCUCUCAGACUGUGGAGUUAAGUAUCUCCAACUAUGGAGUUCACUUUUCUACUACGACUGCUGCUUUCACAUUCGUGUCAGAAAACAAGGUAGCGGCCUUAGACAUGAAGCAAUUAAUGACGAAUUGUCUAAGAAAAUUAGACAAAGAGGAAGGAUUUCGUGAUAGUGAUAAGACGUGGUUUGCACUCACUGGACUAGGAAAAGCCAAAAUUUCCUUUGAUUUCCGUCACCUCCCUGAUGAUCUUGUCUACGAUGAACACUACAAAAUUGCAAUUUUCGUCCGAAACAGUACCUGCCGAGACUUAACUUGCGAUCCUCGAGGAGUAGUGCUUCCAGAUGUUGAGACAUCGCCGUGUCACCAACCGCUUGAGCUUCCACGUUGGUUUUUAUCUACCACAGUAAAAAAGAACGAUCUCAUCAAUAUAACCUUGCUUGCCUUGGAGGAUGUGACAUUUAAAGUGGAAAUUCACGUCAUGUAUGGGCUAUACGCUUCAGCAGCACCCUUCUUCGUUAACUCGACAAUUGUUGAGCUGAAAACUCCGACGCGGAGCAAUGUUACACAAGGAGUGACGGCCGAUUUGCGGCCUCUUUCACGCUCUAUUUCAUAUGAAUCACAGAUGAUACCUCGAGACUACACUUUUCUCAUUGCUUACUUCGGCAAAGACGGAGACUACACGUCACCACCACUAAAUCUUCCACCGAAAUAUGAAGCUUACGAGCGAGGCCGUAUCCUCUUAUCCCACAAUGUGAGCAGCAAAAGAGUUCCAGUUGUUGCUGAUCCUUACACGGACGUUGUUACGGAUACGUCAUAUUGGUUGAUGCCGUAUGUUUCGGCGGCAGUAACGCACGAUAAAGUCGAGAAAUACCGGGAAACAUUUCAAGAGAUGUACCGUGAUCCAACUGAUGCCACUGGUAAGCAAUAUUUGUUCAAAUUUGAUAAAUUACUGUUAUCGUAUGUGCCGUUUUUAUCGAACUGUAUGGAGUACGAUUCGUACAUUCCUCUCUUCGAUCUCUUUGAAAGUGACCAAUGUCAACUACCAGCAAUGACGUCCGAGACAGAAAGUUACGGACGUACUUGGUGGCGACGCACUUUUCCACCACUGCCGAACCAGGACGAUAUUCGAUACGUAGGUCCACUAGACGUAGCCAAGGAACCAACAGCCGAUAUCUGCAUGAUGGAUAUCCAGUGUCAUUACGAAGAGGAUCUACCAACUGCUGAUGUGACUCCACGCUGGUUUGAACAGUCGGAAGGAAGCGUACUUUUUUACUUUCUCCGUGAGCCAGCUACAUUGGCAAGUUACUUGCGUGGUGGUCAGUAUUAUGACGAAAUUUUGGACCAGCACGGCUCUGACUACUUCGUUCCCGUGACUGUUGACAACUCAGCCGCUCAAUCACUGGAAGGCGAUUGUUCAACCCUGUGUUUUCCACGAUCGGUAACCCUUGACGUAGCGUACUAUCAAAUGAAUGCUCACGUCAAGCGUAUUAUCAUGGCAACUAUUAUCUACGAUAAUUAUGACCGAGAUUCUUCCAAUACGGAAUACACAUUCAGUAUCAAACUUCAUCCGCUCGACUACUUUGGGCUCAUUGUUCAGUUUGCCUUUGACAAACAAGUGUUCGUUGGCCUCUUCUUUGUGAUUGGUAGCAUGAUGACAGUCGGUGCUCUCACUUUUUGGAUUGUAGUUCGUAUCACGUCUUAUUUACAAUCACCUCCACGAUUUCGAUUUUGGACUACCUUUGCAUUGAUCGCGCCGCCUCCUACAGUCGGAGUAGCUAUGGCUUCGCUGCCAAUUUUUGCGGUUGUAUGUAGCUUCUACCUCUUGCUGCACGGUAACAAGAUUUUUAUGUCAAGUGGCUACUGGCUUACAGACAACAUCGCCCAACACUACCUUGAUACCAAGAUUAACCCAGAAGUUGUGGCACAAUCUCGAAAAGGACGCAUUGGUGUAUGUUUCUUUUUUUUUGGUCUGUAUCUCAUUAUACUAGGUACACGUAUCUUUCUUCCAAAAACUUUAGCAAUCUCCGAAACGAUUAUAGCUGAACAAAAUGAUCGCAAUGCUCAGGAGCGUAACAUCUGGUGGCCGACUCAGUGGAAGCGAGCAAAUAUGAUUUUUGCAUCGAUAAUGCUAGGUCUUUUUCUCGUUCUGAUGCUCGAAUUUUCAUUUUGGAGUUCGUUUGGAGAUUACAUGUUCUAUGUGAUUGUAGCUCAAGAAAUCAUCAAUGCAAUCAUGGAAAAAUGGAUUGAGUCGCAGCUGAAGGAAGCGUUGUUGAUGGCGCCUUUAGUUUCAGCGCUUAGUUUGAUUGGAGGUAUAAUGACGUUUGGUGCCUCCGACUUUAAAGAUUUUGUUCUAGGAAAUGCGCUAGACUUCGGUAUGAUGAUUUUAAUGCGGGUAUACGCAGAUACUGUCAUUGAAGCUAUCACGAAUUUCGUUAAGGAUAUCGCAACAUACAUGUGGAGUAGCGUUAAAGGAGCUAGACGUGGCGUAAGGUUGUUUUUCAGGCUUGCAAUGCGAUCACCUGCUUUUGUUGUUGAAAAAGUUAAUGAUAAGAAGGGAAACGACGACAAAAGUUUAAAAAAGGCGGAAGGCAAUGGCGAGGCCGAAACAGUGGAGCCAAUUAUCGAGUUUUUUGCGAUGGCUUCCAUGGAGCGACUGGCACUCUUUUAUCAACCAGUUUUAAUUCUCAUCAUGAUGUUUUUCCGUGAAGAAAUCAUGCUUCCCAUUUUGUACAACAUUCGUGAGAAAGAUAUGGAAAUUUAUCUUUGGUACUCACUCAUUAUUCUUCUUUUCCAGCUCGUAACGGAGGUUUUCGUAUUAAAUGUAGUAGAAAUUUUUCAAGGAUGGAAGCUUUACGACUACCUUGUUUACUGCCGCUAUCGUUUCUUACAGCGUGAAAGGCGCUGGAAAGGGUUGGAACCGAAUGUGGAUGAAUGUAUCGACGAAGGCCUGCGUUCUCUUGAUCAAAUGUGCUUUUCAUCGCAGUUUUUCAUGAUGUGCACGAUUCAUAUUACUGGAAUCGUCUUUUUCGUCGUGGGCAUUGAAAUCAUGGCACGAGCGAGCUACAAUUUCUUUGGCGAUCCCGCCAUGCCGCUCCUACUUGCUUUCAUGCUCGCAGUUUCAGCUUUUGUUCGUGCGUUGAUCAUGUUUCUGGCCAUGCGAUUUGAGAUCUGGAAAAUUAAACACGAAAAUACGGCUUGGUUAACAGCUCCUAACGAAGAUGACGAGUUUGGCUUGCCACGUUUGGGUGACCUGGAAAAACUCAAAGAGGCUUCACAUGAAGCGUACAUGAUGAAUCAACGCAUCACAUCUGACACGUUCCGCAACAAAUUUAAAGAUUAUAACCGCUCGUGGCUCGUAACCCAGCUGCCAUCGAUCCUCACCCCGCGCACCUUGCGUCGUGCGAAACCAUAUCUGUUAACUAAUUUUGCAAAAAUACUUGACAGCUUGAAUCCACAAAUCUCGGACGAUGAAGAAGACGACGAUAGUCGUCCACACUUUGGACCAGUUUCUUUAUCGAGCACUUCACGCACUAUGAUUCGCCUCUGGCUGGCCCAAGCUAAACAAAUUUUGCGUCUUAAGAUGAUAGUGCAGCCUUUAAUCCAGCAGGCUCGCAAAACCGAGUGCGAAAUGUGUCUUUCUCGCCGCCAGCUCCAGGUUGAAAUGAUAAUUCCAAUCAAUGUACUAGGUGACAAGUUUAGAGGUCAAAGUCUGGCUGAAGAGUUUGAUGCUGUCGCGUGGAAAGAUUUUUUUGCGAAGCACCAGAAGUUUAAGACGCUGUGCCUGAACUGCAUCAUCCAUCUCAGAACCAAUGCCAAAUUUAAUGGUGUGCUCGGUAUUGGUACCCGCGGUGGUGAUAGUGACGAGCGAGAUGAAAAUAGGAAGGCAGCCUCAAUAAAUGCUGCAUCUCGCGCGCUGCUGCGUAGAUGGUAUCUUACAGCGCAAAGCCGUGUCUUCGCGAAGGCUGGGAGGCGACGUCAUCUACUCGAUGUGAGCGAUGACGAAAAAGAUACGAUGACGCAUCGCUAUGAAUGGACUUACAAACCAGUAGCGCUAAACGCUGCUUCCACCGCUCUAGCACGAAAGUGGCUACUUUCUGCUCGUCGCAGAUUUCCUGAAAUUGAUAGGCGUGAUCAUCCACCAAUGAACAUGACUACAUUAUAUCCAUCGCUUCAAGAUGGGGUUACACCAGCUUCGAAGCCGGCGGUGAAAGUGGGAGCUGCUGGUGACGUAGCCAGCAUGACUUCUAAGAUGCGUCGCAAAUGA